CAAGUAUGGGCUCAUCGGCAGGAACGGCGUCGGCAAGACGACGUUUCUCAAGUUCCUGUCGGCGCACCGCUUCGACGGCGUGCCAUCGCACCUGCAGAUCCUGCACAUCGAGCAGGAGGUGCCGUCGGGCGAGGCGACCGUCCUCGAGACGGUGCUGGCGACCGACGUGGAGCGGGCGGAGCUGCUGGCGGAGGAGGCGGAGCUGCUGGCGGAGGCGGAGGAGGGGGAGGGCAAGGAGGGCGAGGCGGAUGCCGACGACGCGGCGGACGAGGCAGAGAGGGUGGCGCGGCUGGGCGAGGUGAUCGAGCGGCUCGAGGAGAUCGACUCGGCCUCGGCGCCCGGCCGCGCGGGGGCGAUCCUCGCCGGGCUAGGCUUCGACGCGGAGAUGCAGGCACGGCCGACCGGCUCCUUCUCCGGCGGGUGGAGAAUGCGCGUCGCCCUCGCCCGCGCGCUCUUCGUCGCGCCGGACGUGCUGCUGCUCGACGAGCCGACCAACCACCUCGACUUGCACGCCGUGCUCUGGCUCGAGACGUACCUGCAGGGCUGGGACAAGACGCUCGUCGUCGUGUCGCACGCGCGCUCCUUCCUCAACCGCGUGGUCAGCGACAUCCUCCACUUUUCGGGCGACAAGAAGAUCGUGCGGUACAAGGGCGACUACGACAAGUUCGAGAUCAGCCGCGCCGAGGCGCUGCGCGCCAACGAGGCGAGGCGCGAGGCGCAGGACAAGGCGCGGCAGCACAUGCAGUCCUUCAUCAGCAAGUUCCGCGCCUCGGCCAACCGCGCCGCCAUGGUGCAGUCUCGCAUCAAGGCGAUGAACCGGAUGGAGUGCGUGGCCGAGAUCCUCGAGGACCCGUCCCUUCGCUUCGCCUUCCCUCCCCCCGAGCCGAUCUCGUCGCCUGUCCUGCAAGUGGUGGACGUCGCGUUCAGCUACCCCGGCAAGCCGGCCCUGUUCUCGCGCGUCAACCUCGGCCUCGACAUGAGCUCGCGCGUCGCCCUCGUCGGGCCAAACGGCAUCGGCAAGUCGACGCUCCUCAAGGUCAUCAUCGGCGACCUUGAGCCGAGCCGCGGCAGCGUCACCCGCGCCGCGCGGCUGCGCAUGGGCCGAUUCAGCCAGCACCACGUCGACCAGCUCGACCUCUCCCUCACCGCGCUCGAGGCGUUCCAGAGGCAGUUCCCCGCCGCCAAGCCGCUCGAGAUCCGGGCCCACCUCGGAUCGAUGGGCCUCGGCGGCAACACGGCGCUCCAAAAGAUGUCGACGCUGUCUGGCGGCCAAAAGUCGAGGGUCGCCUUUGCGCAAAUCAUGUGGCAGCGGCCGCACCUGCUGCUGCUUGACGAGCCGACCAACCACCUCGACCUCGACGCGGUGGAGGCGCUGAUCCACGCGCUGCAAGAGUGCGAGUGCGGGCUGCUCGUCAUCUCCCACGACGAGCACCUCGUCACCUCGAUCUGCGAGGAGCUGUGGGUCGCCGAGCCCGGCCGCGUCCGCCUGCUCCGCUCGCCCCACCCCGAGAGCGAGUCGGCGGUCGGCGGGUGGCGCACGCGGGUGUGGCGCGGGAGCCUCCUCGGAGCCUCCUCGACUUCCCUGUAG